GUAGCCUUGUUUAUGCGCACUUUAGUUGAGGUUAUUUUUCGUAAAUCUGCAACAAUAAAGGAAAUAAUAAUCAAAUGUUUUCUUUUUGUUAAUAAAUUAUUUGUGAAUUACCUAAUUCCCACUAUGCAUAAACUCAAAUCAUCGCAAAGGGAGAAAGUAAAAAAGUUUAUAUCCUUCACCCAGACGGGUGAAAAUACAGCCAUUUAUUGCCUUACUCAAAAUGAUUGGAAAUUAGAUCUAGCUAGUGACAACUACUUCCAAAACCCAGAUGCAUAUUACAAGGAGCCAAGAAACGUAGAUAAAAAGAAGUUGGACUCGUUAUAUAACAGAUACAAGGAUCCCAGCGAGCCAGAAAAGGUAACAGUAGAUGGAAUCAUGAAGUUCUUAGAUGAUCUGAGUCUGCCGCCCGAAUCCAAAUUGGUGCUCAUCAUAGCCUGGAAGUUCAAAGCCGCAACUCAAUGCGAGUUCACCAGAGAUGAGUUCGUGAAUGGGAUGACAGAUUUAGGUUGUGAUAAUAUUGAUAAAUUGAAGGCACGAUUGCCUGCGUUAGAAAACGAAUUAAGGGAUAGUUAUAAGUUCAAAGACUUCUACCAUUUCACGUUCAAUUACGCCAAGAACCCAGGGCAGAAAGGACUAGAUCUCGAUAUGGCCAUAGCAUAUUGGAAUAUAGUUCUGAAAGGAAAGUUUAAGUUUCUGGAUUUGUGGUGUACUUUUUUACAGGAGAAUCAUAGGAGGUCAAUUCCUAAAGACACCUGGAAUUUGCUUCUAGACUUUGCUCAACACAUAGCCGAUGACAUGAGCAAUUACGAUGAGGAGGGGGCUUGGCCAGUUCUCAUAGACGAUUUUGUAGAAUGGGCUUCCUCGAAAACUAAAGAGAACCGACCACAGAGUACCAACCAACUUGAAUAGCAGAAUGUUCUACAAUUAAUUCAAAUGAAAUUAAAUUUAUUCGUCAAACUUGAACGAAAUUCAAAAAUUGAAAUGCUAGUCCAGGUUUUGGUUUGGUGGAAAAGUUUGUUGCAUUUUUUUUAUCUCUGUGACCAGGAUUGUAGAUUAGGAACUGACAAUUAUGGAGAACCUGUUUGUUGUUAUUCAGUUUAUUCAUUUAGAGUUUUCAUUGCGACUUCCUUAGGAUAUUAGGAUUUAUGUUCGCUUUGGAAUGUUAACUGAUUCUUUAAUUUUCGAUAUGUAAUUGAAUUCCUAAUUUCCAUAUUGUUCUUCGCAGAAUAUGAUAGAUAAAUUAUUCUUUAGUCAUAGGUGUAUAGAAGUUAUCACUUAUGCAUAUUAUUUUCUGAAAGAUUAAUGUUAGUUGUAUAUUCGUCUAGGUAAUGUUUUAAUGACAUCACUUGGUUUUGUUGGAAGAAUCAAACUUUGUCUAAAUAGUUGGAAACGUUUUUGGGAUUUUUUUUAUUGAUUGGCUUUUAAUCGUUUCAAGAAUGAAUGUGGUUACCAUUCAGUUUUCAUUGUACAUGUUUUUCAAAUCAGAGUACAAAUUUUUCUGCAUUACAUAUAACAGAAAAUUAGGCAAGAAAUAUCUGGACUGAAAAAAAAUGCAUU